AUGCACAUUACAUCAGCCAUGAAGCAUGUAAAGCUUCCACCAUCUGCUAUUUCAAGAAGGAAAGAGCCUAAGUCCAAAAACAUUUACCUGCGUGCUCUUUCCGAUUUUUACACAAAGGUAGCCGAUAACACCUCUGUACUGGCAAUCAAGAAGAUCUCUAAGAGGCUGAAGAUGUCGAAGUCUGACAGGCAGCCAGUAAAGAUAUCCAAGAUCGUCAGCGAGCUUGAAAACUCGGAGGGAAAGGUUGCGGUGGUUGUUGCAAAGGUUCUUGAUGAUGACAGGAUUAUGGAGAUUCCUGCAAUUAAGGUUAUUGCUCUUCAAUGGUCAAAGGGAGUGAAGGAAAAGAUUGAGAGGUAUGGAGGAAGCAUAGGAACCCUCGAUCAACUAUUUGAGCUUUGCCCAAACAUGGACGACAUAAAGUUGAUUUCUACCGAUAAAUUUGCUAGGAAGUCUGCCAAGUUCUGGGGGCCUGCACCUGGAGAAAAGGGAUCCACCACUUAUCCAAGAGCAAACCAGAAAUGCCAUAAUCGUGAGAAGCGUAUCAUGAUGAAGGGAAGAAAGACCCAGCAUCUAAAGAAGCAAGUAUUGAAUAAAACGGCAUAG